CUUUCUCGUACGGAAUCUCCUACGGCAAACAAGCGUACGAGUGAGUGACCAUGGGGAACAUAACCUUAAACCUUAAACUUUUUAAAUUUGUAUGCACACGCUUUCCUACAUGAUGUUUCAGUUCCUACGCUCAUUUUAAAUUUACCGAGCAAUUCAUGCGUCAAUGUUGUGAGGAUAUGGCCAAGUACGGAGACGUCUCUUGUCCUACGAAUGUUAAACCUCGUCAUGUAACUGUUAUUUUAAAUCCAGCCGCCAAGAAGAGAAAGGCCAAGAAAUUAUUUCAGAAGUAUUGCGAGCCGCUGUUGCACCUGGCCGGUAUCUCGGUAACCAUUAUCGACACGCAAUCGGGAAGCCAUACACGUAAUGUAAUAACAAGUCUAGAAACACCUACCGAUGCUAUUAUUGUGGCAGGAGGCGAUGGUACCCUGUCGGACGUUGUAACUGGUUUGAUGAGAAAAUACGAGUCUAAUCUUCAUUUGGUUAGACAGUGUCCUAUUGGCAUUUUGCCGUUGGGAAACACAAACACAAUUGCGAGUACGUUUUAUCGUAGAUAUGAGAAUUUAAUAGAUAUACACCACAUGAUCGACGCGACAAUGGCAGUCAUUAAGAGUAAUCUCAAAUCGAUAGACACCAUUGAGAUAAAAUUGCUGGACAAUGAUACAGAAAAUCCCAUAAAGCCAGUUUAUGCUGUCGGAGGUAUAGAAUGGGGAGCCUGGAGUGAUGCACACGCACGCAUUGACAAGUAUUGGUAUUGGGGUGCCUUACGCAAGUAUGUGGCUUAUGUGUUUAGUGGUUACAAAUCAGACUUGAAUUGGAACUGCAAUGCAGUAAUGAAAUAUACAAAUCCAUGCAAGGGAUGUUCAUCUUGUUACUCUAAAAAUUUCUUUCGCGAUCAAUCUAUGUAUUCGAAUAGGAGAUGGUGGCAUGUAUUUUUGCCAAAGAGACAAACAUUUAAAUAUGACAAUCACAUUGAUUAUAGUAAAGUGGUAAAUAAAGAUUGUGGCAAAUUUUACGAAAUGUUUAUUUCAACAACAGAAUUGUGUAUAAAAACCAAAAAUUUGCCAAUUCAAUCAACACCUUCAUUAAAAGUAAAUCUAGGGCCAGAAAAUAUUAGUUACACCGCAUUUGUUGAGAAAGGAUGGAAACGAGAAAAAGACAAUGAAUUACCGAUUGAUUCAAUAUUAGAGGCGAGGGAUAUUGAAUUACACCCUGAAACAACGUAUAAAGAUCGCAUGUUUUAUAUUGAUCACGAAGAAUACGAAUUGAAGCCAAUUCAAAUAAAAUUACUCCCCCAGUCUGUAACAAUUUUCUGUCCUGAGACAAGUAGUUAAUGAUACUUAAAAACAAUUAAAAAUUACUUUGCGCAGCAUCUAAUGCUCAUAUCACAAUGAUGUUCGCCUAAAAAUAGAUGGAAAAGGUAUGAUAAAACAUUGUUGAACAAAGUGUUAUAUAAAAAAUGAUUUAAUAUAUCUUUUUUAUAAAAAAAAUAAUUUAUUACCGGGUACAAAAAUAUUUUAACUAUAACAAUUGUUAAUUUGUAUAUAAUACAUUCAUGAACUAGCAUAAUGUCCAAUACAAUCCUCGU